AUGGCUGCCACGGACCAACCCAUUGUUGAUGUGGAUGAGGAUACGGGUAUGAUGGCCACUGCUGCUUAUAUGGGUAUGAUGGCCACUGCGCUUGACGAUGUUGUGUUCGGCCUCCACCUCGACCGCUGCCUCUGCCUCUGCCUCUGCCGCGUCCACCGCAACACUCGCGGCGGCAGAAACGAGGGUCGCGGUGGACGCGGCAGAGGCAGAGGCAGAGGCAGCGGUCGAGGUGGAGGCCGAACACAACAUCGUCAAGCGCAGUGGCCAUCAUACCCAUAUAAGCAGCAGUGGCCAUCAUACCCGUAUCCUCAUCCACAUCAACAAUGGGUUGGUCCGUGGCAGCCAUGUGCCACUCCACCGUGUCCAUAUCCAACGGCAGGUAAUUUUCAUAAACAGCCUGGAAUUCUUGGUCAAAAACCUCAACAGGCUCAUGUAGCAGCUACACCAACAAAUCCUGCAAGUCAGAAUGCAUCAUACUCAUAUGCUCCGACUGACAUUCAAGCCGCUAUGCACACAUUCUCAAUUUCUCCUCCUGACGAUCAAUGGUACAUGGACACUGGAGCCACAUCUCAUAUGACGGCAAACGGAGGAUUUUCAGACAGGAAUGAUGUUAAUGAGAUGUAACAGUUUGGGUGACCUUUAUCCAAUUACUACAAGACAACAAACUACAGCUUCACCACCAUCCACCUAUGCCGCGUUAUCCAAUGAAUUAUGGCAUAAUCGUUUAGGACAUCCGGGAGCUCCUGUUUUAAGCUCUCUUCACCGAAACAAUUUUCUUAUAUGUAAUAAGUUUCGGAACAAUUUUUUUUGUCAUUCUUGCACUCUUGGAAAACAAAUAAAGCUACCUUUUUAUGAUUCA